CCUCCACUUACGUACCCAGCUGCUACCCAAUUGCGAGCAUAUACGCUGUCCUUGGAUUCCCAUGACCCUUGGGCAAUACUAAUUAGUAACGUGUUUUACAAGCGAGUCGCCCGUACAAGCGAAGCGCCCACCCCACUAACUUUGAUCACCUGUAAAGCUGUAUAA